CAGGACUCCCACUCUGGUCUGGAGACCGCGCAGGCGUCCAACUUGGACUCCAAGGUCUCCUCCCUCGGAAACUUCCCAGACUUCCCAGCAGUGUCAGGGCUGGGCCAGCACUGACACUCAAUAUGCUACGGAGCUGCGUCCCCAAAUGAGUUGAGCUGCGCAGAGGUCUUCACUCGUCACAAACGAAAUUUCAGUCUUACAGAUAAGGUGUGCUUCUCUCGCUCCACGAUGGCGUCCAAGAUGUUGAAGCUCUUCUCUCCACUCACCCUCGGCGGCAAGAAGAACCCCGUGCAACUGCAACACCGAGUGAUCAUGGCGCCGCUUACAAGGCUGCGCACGGAUGAGAGUGGAGCCCCUACGGACCUUGUCACUGAGUACUACGCUCAACGCAGCACGCCCGGCGGCCUUUUGAUUGCUGAAGCGACCAACAUCAGCCCCACGGCUCGCGGCUACUUCGGGUCCCCCGGUCUGUACACCCGAGAACAAAUCGACGGCUGGAAGAAGGUCACGCGUGCUGUGCACGAGAGGGAGGGCAAGAUCUUCGUGCAGAUCUGGCAUUCCGGACGGGUCGGCCACACUUUGAACCAGCCGAACGGGGAACAACCAGUUUCGUCGUCGACGAUCCCUCUUGUGGACGUCAAUAGUGUCGCUGUGACGCGUGAAGGCAGACAGCCGUAUAGUGUCCCCCGUGCUUUGGAGACCCACGAGAUUCCGGGCAUUGUGGCGGACUACAAGCGCGCCGCUGAGUACGCCAUGGAAGCAGGCUUCGACGGCGUCGAGCUGCACGGCGCGAACGGCUAUUUGCUGGAGCAGUUCCUAUGCGACAACGUCAACAAUCGCACUGAUGGAUACGGCGGCAGCGUCGAGAACCGCGCCAGACUGACGCUCGAGGCGGUCGAAGGUGUUCUCUCCAGUUUGGACUCGAGUCGAGUGGCCAUUCGAGUGUCUCCGUUCGGAAACACGUUCGGUUGCACGGACUCGACUCCUGAGGAAACGUACAGCUAUCUCAUCAAGAAACUGAGUCCGCUUGACUUGGCGUAUCUGCAUGUUGUGGAGCCUCGUGGUCUGCACCCGACGGCGCAGAAUGUGCCCGAAGGUGGCACUACCAAGUUCAGCCGCGAUCUGUAUAACGGCGUGCUCAUGACGUCGUCCGGGUACAAUCGCACGGAAGGGAUCGAAGUCACGGAGAGCGGAUUGGCAGACUGCGUCUCCUACGGUCGCUCGUUCAUCGCCAACCCGGACCUGGUGCACCGUCUUGAGGUUAAUGCCUCGUGGAACGAAUGGGACUUCACGACGUUCUACCCGUCGCCCGACGUGCCUAUGUCUGCAGGCUACACGGACUACCCCGCGCUUGAAGUGAAGGUCUAGAGCUUAAUCACUGAAAUGUUGUCGUUUAGGCCAAACGGUUUUGCUAAGUGUACCGGCACUGUAAUGACC